AAUCAAACAGCACCCUAUCCCACGGUCGACUCCACACUAUCCACAUUCGGAUUAGGAGGUUUGCUUUAGUUCAGUGUUUUGCCUACGCACUUGUAAUAACCGUUUAAUUAUAGGCGAGCUACAUUGGCGUUGUGAAAGGACCACAGUGGAAUUUGUUCAGCAACUUGCAGGAAAAGUUUGGAACACAUGCACUCGCUACAAAGUUGCAAACAACGUUUUUUGAAUGGAGGCUUCGGCUGUGAGAGCCACAGUGAAGUUCGGAAAGGGGGCGCAGGCUGGGGUGGUAGGCUAUCUGAUCUGACGUUAUAAUCAGACAGUAUCCUGUUGCGAGCAGAGUCAACUGGCUCACCGAGGAGAGGACGGAGCUUAUUCUCGCUAUUAUCCAUUCCGGAGUAGACCUAGGUAUAAUUGCUUCCGCGGGAUAGCUGACACAUUACGGGAGUACUAUAACUUCGGGUUGGGAUCUCCACGUCAGAAUACCGCGUGACAGUGCUCUCUCUCCGCUGACUGGACUGGACAGUAGACUGCGCUAAUAUUUUACUUUGGGAGUAACGAGAGUUUGGAUUUCAUAUUUUCGUUUCAAUUGUUUACUGUGUUUAACGUUGUUUUUAUUGGCUAGCCUACUUUUAAAUAAGUUGGACAGAACGUUUUUUUGUGAAAGUUGUGGCUCGAACCUUAAAUCAGAUAAUAGUUUAUACACAUUUUGUAAUUCACUUCAAGAUGGAUAAAUACGACGAUUUGGAUCUUGAGGCAAGUAAGUUUUUAGAAGACCUCAAUAUGUAUGAGGCAUCUAGGGACGGGCUGUUCCGAAUGAAGAAGGAUGCACGGAACAACUCCGACUUUGAAGAAACCAGGAGAGUUUUUGCCUCCAAAAUGACAAAAAUCCACAUACAGAAACAGCAAGAGGAAAUUGCCAAAAACAAUUUGGUAGUGAGAAUGAACGGGGGUCAAAACAGAGCGGCAGACAGCACGUUUUACACCAAAGACAGGCCGCCUAUCAAUAGCUACAGACAGGCAGGGGAAGCUGCAGCCAAGCCUCCCAUACCCUCUGGCCCUUUGCCAGGCACCGCCAGUGGCGCGAGUCAGUACGCGCCCUAUGACGCUCUGAAACACCAUUCACCCAGUCAACAGUCAUACGGCUACGGAAACAAUUACGAUAACAAGGAGCGUUUUGAGCCGCAUUCUUACCACCACGCCUUGAGUCCCACCAGCCCUGGGAACGCACACACACAUGCUUCUGGUCACCCUGCCAGUCCCUCGGGCACUUCGGCCUCCUACUCCUCCAGGGGUGGCCAGGCCUCCUCAGGAUCCUCCAGCCCUGCUGGAUCAUCAGGCCUCAUGUGCAGCCCAUCUCAGCAGCCCCCACACCACUCACCAUCUCCCCCCUUCUCCGACAGCCUACAGUCUCUGAGCCCCACUAGACUGCACCAGAGCAAGGCUGCCACCCUACUGGUGCAGCAGAGACCCCCCAUGUUGGCUGAUGCUGGGGCUGCAGCAGACUGGAUGCGGAGCUUGGGGCACCCAGACCUGUUGGCACCGCUCCCUCUGAGUGCCUUCACUGGCGGAGCUGACCUGUACCAGCAGCUGUCUCCCCAACUUGCCACUGUUACACCGCCAACAGGCCCUUACUCAGCAGCAUCCUCUAUGAGCCCAAGAUCAACAGCCAACCAUGGAAAUCUAGGCCAGAACGGGCUCCCUCAGAGUCCUGUGGUUCCCCCAUCUGAGGCAGCCCAGCCCAAAGCCACAGCUGGAGCUUACUUCCCUGCCUCUGCCUCUCCCUCUGGAAUCAGUGUCUCUAGAAGCUUUGGCCAGGGUCAAGGUGUAGGCCAGGCGCAGGGCAGGCAAGUGGCCAUGGGGGUGGAUGUGCCCUCUGGCCUAGACAGCCAGCUGUCCUCUGGUGGUGAGGCAUGCCAACCCCAGCCCCAGUCUGAAGCCCCCAGCACCCCCAGGGCUCUCAAACUGCCCAGCCAGACUCUCCAUGUCCAGCCGGAGCAGGGGCCGUCUGCCGCCGAGAUCAAAUUAGAAGCCCUGACCAAGCAUCUGGAGAAGGAGAUGGACGCCCAGCCCAAGGCAGACUACUUCGGGAGCUGUGUGAAGUGUAACAAGGCGGUGUACGGAGCCACUGAGGCCUGCCAGGCUAUGGGAAGCCUCUAUCAUGAUGUCUGCUUCACCUGCAGCGCCUGCAGCAGAAGGCUACGGGGGAAAGCAUUUUACUACGUCGGUGGGAAUGUGUUCUGUGAAGAGGACUUUCUGUAUUCUGGAUUCCAGCAGUCUGCAGACAAGUGUAACGCAUGCGGACAUCUGAUCAUGGAUAUGAUCCUGCAGGCCCUUGGGAAGUCCUACCACCCUGGCUGUUUCCGUUGUGUCAUCUGUAACGACAGUCUGGACGGAGUGCCCUUCACUGUGGACACAGAGAACAAGAUUUACUGUGUCAAAGACUACCACAGGGUCUUGGCCCCCAAAUGUGCAGCAUGUAACCAGCCCAUUCUGCCUUCAGAGGGCUCUGAUGAAACCAUCCGAGUGGUAUCCAUGGAUAAAGACUACCACGUGGAGUGCUAUCACUGUGAAGACUGUCAGAUGGAGCUGAACGACGAGGAGGGGCACCGCUGCUACCCGCUGGACGGCCACCUCCUCUGCCACGCCUGCCACCUGAAGCACAUCGAGCCGGGCUGCGCCUCACCCACCGCUGCCUCCUACCAGCACCAGUUCUAGUUUUAGGAUCUAGUGCAUGGUGCCACCAGGUGGCCCUCUGAACUAACUGCCAAUAACCAACCACAACCAAUCUGCCCAAAAAAAUCUGUCUAUAAUGGUUUGGAGGAUAAUGUAUGCCUUUACUGUACAUCUCUGAUGUAAGUUAGGUCUCUGUUAGGGUUAAUUGUGCGAUUUGUUGAUUGAUUGAUUGAUUGCGUGUGUGGGAGUGUGCUUGUAAAUGACCUGUUAUUAUUUUUUAUGUAAAAAUCUAUUUCUCUAUUGAAGUGUAAAGUGUUGAACUUUCAUCUGACACGAAUGUUAAUAAUCUGGAUAUAACAAACGUUUUAUUUUAAAUAUAUAUACAUAUAUAUAUUUAAAUACCAAUGCCAAAGCACAGUUAUAUUUUAAUGACUGAUAUUUCAUGUGCUUAUGUGUAAAUAUCUUGAUCUUCAUUUUCCCCUUUGUGUCCCACCAAUUUCAGUUGCUCAGUUUGAAUCAAUGUGUUUGUAGAUACUGAUACAGUAGAAAUAGUUUGCAUGGCUUAAUAGGGAAAUUGCCCAGUUUUGUUGUAUGUCUCCAUGUGUGGGUUAUGAGGGUGUGUUUCCAUGACAUUUUAUACUAGAAAUACAUGAAUUGCUCAUGUUAGCUAAUAUGCAGGCAGUGUCUAGAAAGUCAAAGUUAGCAAUUUAAUACACAAACUGUACAUGGUCCUUUAUUGUUCCAUGUCAAUGGGAAUCAUGUUGAAUUAGUAUUACAUUUCUAUUGUUAAAUGAACCCUGGAUGUUCUGUUCCCAACACUGAUACUGGGCUAAUAUUCCCACUGUCUUCUGUCACACACCACCCCUAGCAUAUACUUUCUAUUGCAUUAUUAACCCAAAUAAGGCAGUUACGUUAUGUCCGGGUCAACAAUGUUUCCAAAAUAGAUAACUAGGUUUAUUAUAUUCCAAUAAACCACCGAAUGCCCUGAACCCAUUUUGUUUUGCAGUGAUAAAAAAGUGACUCUAAAUGAUUCCGUUUUAGUAAGCUUAGUCUAUCAUAUUUCAUGAUUUAUUAUACAGUAUUUAUGCUUGUUUAAAACAAUUCCCAUGAUCAUUAAUCAUUUGUAUUCCAGUGGCUUACUAUAUUUAAAAAUGAUUUGAGAGAUGUCCAUAAGAAAUAUAUAUAUAUCUAUAUAAAAAUGCAUUGUAAUAGCCUG